UCUCUCGCCACAACCGUUGCAGAGCAAACCUUCAUCAAUAAACCCAGCUCAAAGAUUCGACCUUUCCCUCUCUCUCUCUCUCUCUCUCUUUCUCUAUCUCUUCAAACUUCAUAGUCUCACUCCAAACCCUCUCUCUCUCUCUUUCUCCACAAGCGAAGCGAACAAACUAAUCUUUACUAUUUCUUUUCUUCUUCCUAUUCCAAAAGCCCUAUUAGGAGAAAUCCCACCUUCUUUUUUCCCUCAAGAUUCUUCGGUAAUCGGCCUGACCCAAGGACACAAUGGCGUACGCGAAUCGAAACCAAGGCGUCUUCAUACCCUACCACCAAGUGGUUGAUCUUCGCUCUUUGAACCACCCACAUGUGACCAUCGUUCCCGGCCCACCCAUUGGUCUCAUAAACCCUAGGAUUGGCCCAGUUGGGCCGCCGCAAUUUGUUCCAUUCGGUGUUACUUUCAAUCGCUCUUUUCACGAGUUAUUGAUUCGAAUGGAGGAGGAAAAGUCGCGAUCGCUGCUUCAGUUUAUGGCAGGCGAAGGACUUGUGCCAUCUCCGGAAGAGGAAAUUAAGAGGAAAAAUGCCAUUGAGAAGCUCAAACAGAUAGUGAUGGAAUGGAUUAAGAGGGUUGCUUGCAACCGUGGACUUGACGAACGCCGCAUUCCGGCUGCUUCUGCCGCAGUAUUAACUUACGGAUCCUAUGGCCUUGGUGUUCAUAACUCAGAGUCGGAUAUUGAUGCUUUAUGUGUUGGCCCUCGUUUUGCUACUAUGGGAGAGGAUUUUUUUGUUGUCCUACACAACAUGCUUACAAGCAGACCAGAAGUAUCUGAGGUCCACUGCGUUAAGGAUGCAAAAGUUCCUCUAAUGCGGUUUAAACUUGAUGGGAUCUCAAUUGAUCUGCCGUAUGCUCAACUUAAAGUAAUGUCUGUUCCCGAGAAUGUGGACAUACUUAACCUUUACUAUCUAAGAAACAUUGAUGAAACUAGCUGGAGAAGUUUGUCUGGAGUUCAUGCUAACAAAUGGAUUCUUCGGCUAAUCCCAAACACGAAGGUAUUUCAAUCACUGCUGCGAUGUAUUAAGUUAUGGGCAAAAAGGCGAGGAGUUUAUGGUAAUUUGCUUGGGUUUUUUGGAGGAGUCCAUUUGGCCAUUCUUGGGGCAUUUAUUUGUCAAAGAUACCCAAAUGCAAGAUUGAGUGGUUUGAUUUCAAGUUUCUUUGGGACGUUUGCCUUAUGGGAUUGGCCAAAGCCAAUUAUUCUGCAAGAUGGGACUUUGCCAAUUUCUGGAAGUGCUGCAGAACCGCGGUCCUUGAUGCCUAUUAGAUUGCCAUGCCGACCACAUGAAUAUUGCCAUUCCAACAUCACCAAGAGCACAUUUUACAGAAUCCGGGUCGAGUUCCUUCGAGGCCAUAAUUUGACUAAGGAUCUCCUCAGACCAGAUUUUGAUUGGGGUUGCCUAUUUGAGCCUUUUCCAUAUGCAAAAAAGUACACACAAUUUCUCAAAGUAUGUCUUUCGGCCUCUGAUCAAGAUGAGUUGGGGGAAUGGGUUGGUUGGGUGAAGUCGCGAUUCCGCAGUCUUCUUGUCAAGUUGGAGGAAAUUCAGGGGUUUUGUGAUCCCAACCCUACAGAGUAUGUUGAUGCGAAUGUUGCGGAGCCAAACACUGUGUUCUACUGGGGCUUGCAAUCGGAAAGGAGCCAUUUCUUGGACAUUAAGCCUGUUAAGGAUGAUUUUGUCAAGAGCUUAAGUAAUGGCCCAACCGGGAAGAUUACGCUGUCAGUUGUUCAAGCAUCUCAGCUACCUAAGAACGCUCAGUUUGAUUCUGAAAGCAAUAAGGGGUACUUGAACCCUAAUGCAAAUCUCAAUUACCCAAUUGCCACCGGAUAGAUUCUUGCAACGGGUCGUUGUCUGCUGGUGAAAGUUUCCUGUUUUUGGGUUCUGGUUUUUUGCUGGAUUUUUUGGUGGUACAGUUAUAUGCAAAGAUUGUUAUAGGACCCCCAAGAGUUAGGGGGUGGUGAGGAAAUUUUCCACUGUUGUACAUCUCAUGUAAAUUUCAUCAAAUGCCUUUUUUUGAUUAACAAGUAUGUAACAUUCAAAGAGAAACUGCUUAUUCAAUGGGGUUAAAUGUUGUGUAAAUAUAAUUUUGUUUUGUCU